AUGAAGAAGGCGGGAGCACUGGUGACGGAGACUGUGGAGUAUGAACCAGUACAAAACACACAGAGCAUCAACAUCUUGGAUGAACCCAAGAUGGAAGAUGAGCUCAGUGAGACAUUUGCUCACCUGAGUGCCGGUGUGGAGAGGUCGAUCACAGGCCGAAUCGAUGGUAUGGGUGUUAAAUCGGAGAUUGUGCGGAAGAAAUUGGUGGUCAACAACCCGGAGAACGUUGUCUGGACGGGCAAGAGGGCGGCCUUUUGGAACCGGGUCCAACAAUGGGUCAAACAAGGCAGACAUCAUGGCGAUGCGCAUCCGGUGGCGCGUCUGGUCCAACGCAGGCUCGGCGAGUAUUACGAGGGUGAUGCGCAGAACCAGGAGGAUAUGCUCGUGAGUAUCCUGGGCCGGGGUACGGACGCUAGGCUUGUUCUGAAGCGCAUCGACGAACAGCAAUGCUACGCGAGAAAGGCGGAUAUGGAGGAGACAGCCCACCAGUACAAGCAAUGGCUCAGCAAGGCCAUGGAAAAGGGCAUGCGACCAUUAUACAAUGCCUUGCGAAAAGAAGAACAAGUGGUACAAAGACCCUACAUGGAAUAUGACAUGCUGGAACGGCCACACAUUCGCCGAGAUCACUGGGCGGCAGUGUGGACGACGGGCCAGCCGUUGGCAAAAUCGGCCUCGCUCAUGACGGAGCUUGAGGAUGCAGCCAAAAAACAAGCGGCCAGCGUGGAGCCGCUGAACCCUGUCGAGGCCAUGGACGAUAAAGCAGUUGAAGCCGUUGUGUCCUUCUACCAUGAAUGUGAGGCCAAGGCAGCAUGGCCGCAGCAAAUGACAGUCUCCCUUAUAGCAAUGCUGCCGAAGAAUCUGACCCGGGAAAGACCAAUCGCCGUGCUACACAUCCUGUACAGGACUUGGGUCCGUCUGCGAUGGGAUUUGGUAAGUACUUGGCAGGCAGGCUAUGCCACAGCUGCCACGUACGACAAGGCAGUCCCAGGCAGUUGCUGCUUGGACGUGGCCGUCGGCAGACUACUGCGAAAUGAGGUGGCAAAGACAAAUGGCGUGCAUGUGGUGUCACUCUUUGUGGACCUCGAGUCCUUUUUCGAUACCAUCCAAUUUCAGCAAUUGAUCAUGGCAGCAACGGCCCUGCAAUAUCCGCCGCUAAUCCUGAAGAUGGCACUGGAAGUGUACAUGGGUGCCAGAUACUUGGUGGCGGAUGGGGUGCUAUCGGCAGGCAUCAGAGCUACAAAUGGCGUGCAAGCGGGUUGCCCAGCGGCGCCAUCGUUAGCAAAGGUGGCAUUGCACCCGGUGAUAGACAAGAUCCAAAGGCGACGAGAUGUGGCAAACGUGGACUGUUGGUUGGAUGAU